CUUUAUUUGAAAGUACAACUUUUGUUUAUGAAGGGCAACAUCGGUUACAUCACAAAUAACCUGACGGUUUGUUGAGUGUUGACAGAAUCAGCUGAUAAUCUGAUCCACGUUGCUGUAGACGUCCGGUGAAUUAACGUUGUUCCUAUUUCGAAGAUUGACCAAUCUAAGGAGACCAAAAUUUCUCUGAGAAAAGAAAAGAACACCUUUAAGGUUUGAACAAAACAUGGCAGGACAGCUGAGUGACUCUUCCAUCCUUUCAAGUAUCAUUAGGUGUGUGAAUUUUGCUGCUGUUAAACACAAGAAUCAACGAAGGAAAGAUCCAGAGAAGACACCAUACAUUAACCACCCAAUAGGGGUAGCUCAUAUUUUGAUUGAGGGUGGUGUUGAAGAUCCUACAGUAAUUCAGGCAGCGUUACUUCAUGAUACCGUUGAAGACACUGACACUACAAAUGAUGAGCUGAAAGAAGUGUUUGGGUCAAAAGUUGCAAGGAUAGUGGCAGAGGUAACAGAUGACAAAUCCCUCGACAAACAAGAACGUAAGAAGUUGCAGAUAGUUCAUGCUGCUUCAUCCUCACCAGAGGCAAAGCUCGUCAAACUUGCCGACAAACUUUACAAUCUCCGUGACUUAGAUAGGAUUACACCCGAAGGUUGGAGUGAGGAACGAGUGGAAGAAUACUUCUCAUGGGCUGCAAAAGUGGUAGCAGGCUGCAGGGGCACUAAUGCCUAUAUUGAGUUAGAAUUAGACAAAUUAUUCAAGAAAAGAAAUGUUAGCAUAUAACAGAUUUUUUUAUACCUUUCUAUUAGAGAUCUUAUGACAUAUGAGGCGCCUCGUGGACAAGGGUCGAAUGCGCCAACCCCAUAAAAAAUGAGUUAUGCAGGUUCUUUGCUUGGUGAAAGCAUUGAAAAAUUUGUGAUGAAGUGCUUUUCACAAUUCUGACCCAUGCUGCUGAGAACUCUUGGUUCAAUUUCCCUUGUUUUAAAAAGGUGGAGCAGCGGAGGUCUGGAAUUUCAGAGCUUAAGGGGUGAAUAUCCGCACGUGGCCCAGCCAAUGGGCAAGUUGCUACCUCUACCUGAUCAGAGGCGUGCUAGCAAGCACCCCUGCUAGUCAUCCCGCCAAGCACGUGAGUGAAGCCUGGCUUUGUUUACACUCCACAUUACUGUAUUUGGUUAUUAUAUUGAAUUACACAGUGUCAUGGUGACUAAUACCAAACUGGAUAACACCAGUACACUGCUGCUCAUGCCUUCACACAAGAGAAGGCCCGAGACUUGGCUAAAGUAACAGAAAAAUGCCAAAAGAGACAGUGGUGAAGGCUAUGUCUGUUGUGGAGAAGAGUGUAGGCCUGUAUUGUCCCAGUAAGUAGUAGUUAUGAGAAAGUGGGGCUGGAGAAUGUGAACAAUUUAUUUAGGUCAUAUUGGGCAUUGAAAAGUCUUGACCUUCAGUCACAAUACGUAUAUUUUUUAUGCCAGGUGCACACAAAGGAAAUUGAUCUUUUUUAAUUAUUCAUAGGAAAAUUAUUAAUUAUUGGAAUUUUUGGCUAAAAUUUUCACAUUAUCUCCGGUUCAUUGACAUCUAAUUCAGGAUUGAAUUUCAAGUAGAUUGAACAACAAUUAUGAUGUACUAAAAAAAACACCAUCUUGUGUUAGUUUUCUUUUUCCUGAUGUAUAAACUUCUCUUUUCCAGAGGAUUCUAAUGAUGUAUAAUAACAUGCUCUUCUGCAUUAAUCAUGUCUGCCAUCUAUACCCAACUUUAAACGCUCAUAACUCAAAAGCAAGAAGUUGGUGCAUUUGCCCAGGGCCUUGUCCAUGAAAUGCCUCAUAUUUCAUUUGAAUUUCUGGGUAAUGAAACAAGAAUAACAAUUUGAUCCUUUAAUUUACUGAGUACUGUACAAUAAUGAUCAGAGAUCAAUAAAACUUGACACUUGUUAA